GGUAGAGAAAGAUCAAUAGGCAGUCGAGAACAGCCCUACGACCGCAAAUACUCAUAGUUCAUAUUCUUCGUGACAAUGGCACCCACUACCCGAUCCUCGGUCCAUGGGAGAGCACCAGAUUUCCUCCCUAGACAGCCCGACUCACCGCCCCCCAGUGACCAUGAAGAUGAGGAGAUGGCGGACGACUUUGACCAUGAAGGAGGUGUGAAUUCCCUUUACUAGCCUACCUCAUCGUCGACAUAACCUUUCGUGGCAGAAUACCACAAAAUGCUGAUCAACGUCACAGAUCCUCAAUCUCCCUACCAGUCCUCAGCCCAAGACAUCCUUCGACCGCUACAAGACACGGCUGAUCGUGUGAGCAAACAAGCCGAAGAUUUUGCAAAAGCCCUGGAUAAAUUCGUGGCCAAUCGAGCACCAACUGAUCAAACACUUUGGGAGGAUGCUCUCUUACUUUUGGAGCGAUUUAGCAAGAUCGCCGAAAACCGAAGACAGAAGACACCGGCAAGCGAAUCUGAUGCACAGAUUCAAAAGAUACAACUCGAGAACGAUCUCUGGAUCCUUGUUCGGAAUCUGCUAGCAUGCAGUUCCCCGGAAACUACGAACAAUGCACAGAUUGCUCAAGACUCAAGAUUAGGUGGACUACACAGAUAUUCAGACAAUGUUGAACUCUGGACGGCUUUUCUAGACUCAGAUGCAGUUGCGCAGGAAUAUGAAUGCAUCUUGAGUUGGCUACAGGAGAGAGCUGCAGGAUCGUCUGAGCCUAUCGAAAAUCUCCUCCACGAUCUAGCCGAGAAGUCUGAACGCGGCGACGGAGUAUGGAGUGCUGGACCUAUUUACACACAAACCGCUAUAAAACAACAGAAGCGAACUAGGGUCUGGUCAAAACCUCUGGAACCAUCGAAUCCUGGCUUAAACCGCACCCAUGUCCGCAGUAUUGAUGGCAAACCUUUAGUGGCGCAAUUAGAUCCUGACUCGAGAACUCGAGAGUCAGCCGUGCUUCAAGAACAGGACGAAUAUCACGAAGAAGCCGCGUGGCGCACGUGCUGGGAGAUGUUGCGGCGUGGCCAAACUGCCGUGGAGAUCCAAUCAUGGUGGGCAGAGCGCAAAGAAGUAUGGAGAUAUGAAGUCCUCCGAGGUUGUGGAGCGAGCCCAUCCGAAAUGGCAGAUUCACCCUGGCUUCGCAUAUUGAACCUGGCCACGAAUCCGGAAUGGCUCGAACGAUGCAGAGCUCUUGCUCACAACCCGGCCAUCGUCGAUAAAUAUCAAAGAGCUGUAUACGGAAUUCUGUGUGGGGACAAUGAGGCUGCAGGUUCAGCUGCACAGACUAUCGAUGACCAUAUGUUUGCGCUUUUCAAUGCUCUUUUGAUGGACAGGUACGAGACCUAUAUUCAGGCAUACCAGAAGAAAAUAGUCGGACAGGGCUCUAAUGAGUUUCGACCUCGAUCUCCCUCCACAGCUCAAGUUCGGCUUCAUACGACGAAGGCCUUUUCCGAUGCAGCCACGAAGGAAGAGUCCCACCGACCGCACAAGUUGUUCGAAAUGGCCGUUAUGUCCAAGGACUAUGAAAGCUUGUUUAUUAACAUGGGACAAGCUGUUGCUUAUGUGGCUCACAGCUUUGGUCAAGGUGACGAUCUCAUUGAGGCCAAUAAAGACCAUGGUGAUGAGAUCUCCCAACUCAAUGCACAAGAUCAAGACGCGGUGAGGAUGGUGGUACACCUUCAACUGGUCUUGAAAGCACUGGGGUUCCUUGACGCAGCGUAUGAAGAGCAUUUGUACGUGAUGGAGAACAAUAUCGCAAUGUAUAUCAGCUUCCUGCAAAGCAUUGGCAGGUAUCAACUAAUACCAACAUAUGCCGCCAAACUAUCGCCAGAUCGUGCGCAACAUGUCUUGGGCACCGUCCUAAUCAACAUUACAAACUCCAAAGAGCGAGACACCAUGGUCAAACUUAUGAAACACGAAAAGAUCAACGUUGCUGAAGUGAUCUACGGCAUUUUCUCUCUGGCAAACUUUGGCGACAUUCAAAAGCUGCAAAAUAUGACGGAAUGCCAUCCACCGAGGAUGACCGUAGCAGGAGGAACCGCUAAAUUCGCAGUUUCGAGAGUCAAACAGCCACUAAUGACGGGCCCUGUCACUGAUGCGGACGAAAAGGCAUUGCGAAGUGUCGAAUGGUUCCGGUAUAUCGAUGCUGAAAAUUGGGGCAGCGCUGCUUGGGCUUUUGGAGUCUUGUACAAGACUUUCCUUGCCGAGGGAAAUUUCGUUGCGCUUCGCCAAAUGAUUGAUCGAGUUAGCCUGUCCGAGGUCUCUCUCGCAGCGGUCAAGAUGAAUCUCAUCUUUGCCAACGGUGAACCACCUGCACAACCUGAUCAAACGGAUGAGGAUGAACUGGAUGAGGAUAGAAUCCAUCCGAUCAGCCCCAGCCGUCGAAGAAGAGACCCAGUGAUUGUUGAACAUCCACUCACAAGACCUGGCAACGACCGCGAGACUUUGGCUUAUAAAUCUUUGACUUGGCGACAACUGGAACAGCUCACCAUGGCCAUCGAUUCCUUGGACAUGUUCCAGGAAACGGCUGAUAAUCUUGAAUCAAAUCGAUCGAAUGCGUCAUUGCUGAGGACGUACAAGCGUGACUUGAAAAAGGCACUCGACGAUGUGCGAUCUACAAUUGUUCCCGUGUUGGACAAUAAUUUCCUCUGUCGUCCUCAAGACGAGCAAGAAGGCGUGCAUCUGACAGCCAUUCGCAACCACUAUAUCCCUGAGGUCAUCUUGGCGUACAACAGUGCCUUGUGGUUUGCGGGUCAUUUCAUCUCACGGGCGUGGUUGGUGGAGUGUAUGGAGCUUGCACAGAGAGUGGCUGAGACUCCCACGUUGACGAAUGCUUUUGUCGAGGGGAAAAGAAUGAGGGAAUUGGUUAGAGCAUUUGCCGUCGACAGUGAAGCACUUUUGCAGGCCACCGAGCAGAGUGGGCCAAAAGCGAAGAAGAUGAAGACGGACAAAGGAAACAGUGACAUCUGGAAGGUCAGUUGGAAGGAGCAAGACGAAUUGGAUCUUGAGGCCAUAGAUUGAGCUAGAGCGUCCAAAGAGGAGAAACCGUCUACAGAAGGGAUUUGAGAAGCCAUGUCCUCUGUAUGAUGACCAGUAGUUUUCUACCUAGAUAGGUACAAGAGUGUCGUAAAAAUUCCAUGAUGAGAGA